CUACCUUGACCGAAAGACGUAACAUUAGAAACUACGGGCAGUGUUUGAAGAUGGCGCAGAACUCUGUGUCCCUGUCCGCCGGCGAUCGAAGGAGCCGGGUGGCUUACCUCAGCGCUUCCCACGGUGACCUCAGCUCAUCGGCUUUAGCGUUGGCGAUGGUCUCCGGAGACAGCUUCCUCGUUACCAGGCCCGAGGCGAUUCUUCCAGAAUCUGUUCCUCGAUCCUCUGUGCGGCUGAACUUCCGGACCGAGAGCCGUCGGGCGCCUGGUGGCGGCCGAAGCCCGACCCGCUUUAAUGAGGGAAGGGAACUGGAGGCGCGGAGCCGAAGCCGACAGGCCAGAUUCUCACCUUACCCGGGCCCUGCGGUGAAACUCGACCUUCUAAGAAGUGUCCUGCAACAGCGUCUGGUGGCACUUGGAGGAGUUAUCGUAGCCCGUCUUUCGGCUUAAAACCAAUAUCUUCCUCGGCCCUUCAAUUAGCGUGUAAACAAGGCCUCUCUCUAAAAUA